CUGUGCUGCUAAAUAAAUUCUCGCGCAUAUUCUAAAAAAGAAAAAGUGCAAAAACUGUGCAAGAAAAUAAAAUUAAAGCGCCUCACUGCAGUACCUUCAACUUCAGCUUUAAAUGCUUUACCUUGAAACUCGAGCAAAACUUUUUGGGCACAGUUGCAAUUGAAGUUCCAAGCAACCGAAAACAGCUGUAAGUUAUGGGCAACGCUAAUUAAAUACGAAGGAAUGAAGGAUUUUCCCAGCGCACGAAAGUAUGCUUUAAAUAAAGUAACGGACUGUGAACAGAAAAACAAACAAAAAAAUAUAAAAAAUAAUUGUAUACGCAGAACUGGUUACUAAUUUAAAUUGAGGGGCAGUUAGAGCCCUAACCAAAGCCAAAAUAUUCACAUUUCCCCACUAACCAAAAUGUGAGCUGCGAGUUCGAAAUAAAUAAUUCUGUCAAAGCAAACACAUCAGGCCAUAACAAAAAUAACAACUACGAGCUAUAGCAACAUGUGGCUUAUCUAAAGCCAACAUAUACGGCGAUAUUUGCACAGAGGUGAACUAAAUCUGUGUCAGUUUUAUUUACGCGGCGCUGAAUAAAAAAGUUUUGUAUGCAUGAAUGGCAAAUUCAAGUUUAAUUGAAGCGCACGGGUAAACAGCAGAAAUGGACAACAGCAAAGCUACCAACAGCAGCAAAAACAACUAUAAUUCCAGCAACUGCAGGUGCAAAAGCAAUAGCAAGAGCAGUGAAAAAAAUAGCGACUACAACAACGUAGCCAUGGAUACGACUAAAAGGCGCAUUGAAAUGACUUAAAGCAGCUUAAAUGCGUACAAAAACAAGUAAAACAGCACCAGAAAAUACAGCAACAAACCAAAAAGUAAAAAGCUCAGCACACACGUGGCGUAUGCGUGAUUAAUUGCACUUUCGCACCAAACACAAGAGUCUAACCGUAGUUUCAACAACAACAACAACAACAACAUCAGCAGCAGCAACAAAUACAACACCUACAAAAGCUGUCAAAAUGUUGCCAACAAAUGUGAUGACAUUCAUGAAAAAGAUGGUCGCCACCGAUGAGCAGACAAAUGAGCGGCAACAUCAUGCAACGGACUCUGGUGGCGGAGCAUCGAACACAGGAGCAUUGAACAAAAUGAAAGCAACGUUGUCCUCAUCGCUUCUCACGGUGACCGACAAAGUUAAUAAAAUGUCGCCACGUCCCUCGAUGGUUCCCACGGACGCGGAUACCAGCGGCAGUUAUGGCUCUUCCAGCUACCAGCAGCAACAGGACGCCAACACUAACAAUGCGAGCAGCAAUCUCAACAACAACAAUAAUAACACAACAGCGACUGGCAGUGGGCCAGGCAGCAAGCAACAGGAGCCGGGUCGUCGAGCGGGUGCAUGUAGAGUAUGCCUGAAAUCCUUCAAGCCAGAUGACUACCACAAGACGUGCUUCGAGUGCCAGCAGCGUGUGUGCGAGGACUGUGCGAGCUACAGCAAGCUGGACGACCACGAGGAUGCGAACAUGUGGAGGUGCAGCGUGUGUCGACGUAAAAUGGCCUCGCGAGUCUGCAUACCGCAGGACUCCACAGACUCGAUGCUGGAUGUGCCUGUGUUGGAGGCGUUGCAGCGACGUCACUCGGACGCCAAGCUCGGCUCAAGCACGCAGACACUCGCACCCAGCAAUGGGGCAGCUCUGGCACCACCGCGCAGUCCUGAACUGCGCCGCCAUUCUGAUGUUUCACCUGCAUCGCUAAAGGAGCUGGAACGCCAGCUAAAAGGCAACAAGACACCCGGCGGCGACAACGACUGGCGAGGUGGAGGUCGCAGCAUGGCGCCCAGUCGCUCGAAUAGUCCACCUCGUGGCGACUUGGACCCCGCAUUUGGUGCACCCCUGUCGCGCAUGCAAUCACGACGCGGCUCACGGGUGGCCCGUCAACAUAGCUACGACGAUGACAUGAAGAGUCCGGCAGUCGGUGGCAGCAUGGGUGGCGGAGGUCCAGCGCUCGGUGUGGGCGCCGAUGGCUCUGGUCUUGGCAUACCAGCCAUGCCACGCAGGAAAUCCGCUUACGAUGUGUUUGCUCCGGGCCUCGUACAAGGUGCCCCGCCACCCUCACAGCUGCAACGCUCACCCGGCGAGGGAAUGCCACAGAUGGUACUACCGGGCUCGAGGCGGCCCUCUUUUCGUGUACCACAUGCUUCGGAAGACCUGCAAAACGAUGAAUCGCCAGGCUCGCCAGAUAAGAGCAGCCCGGUUCUGACGGUGGACGAUGACCGACGCAUGCGGCGGCGUGGCUCGCAACUACCCGAUAUUGCGGCGCUACAGAAUCGCGGUGCAUUCGCCGCAGGUCCAGCUGCAGCUAUUCCACCACCUAUGGCUGCUUUCACGGGCCCCAAUCUAGAGGACUUAGAGGCACCACGACGACAAACAUCAAUGGAUGGCGAGGCUAUACGUAUUGUCAUACACGACGUUGACUCGGGUCCGAUUUGUGCAUCAAAACGACGCAUUGUGCUCCGUCGUGAUCCCACAGACAAAGCUCAUCGCACACGUGGCUUUGGCAUGCGAGUUGUGGGCGGCAAGACGGGCGCCGAUGGUCGCCUUUUUGCCUACAUUGUUUGGACCGUGCCUGGCGGAUCUGCUGAGAAGAAUGGCCUGCAGCAGGGCGACAAGAUACUUGAGUGGAAUGGUAUGUCGCUCAUUGAUCGCAGCUUCGAAGAAGUCUGCUCCAUUAUGGAUCGCACUGGGGACAUGGUUGAACUGCUAGUCGAGCAUGCAACCGAUUUUCGCAUGUGCGACUUAUUUGAUGAGAAUCUACCACCUGGUAAUAGUGGCGGCCAAAGUGGACCGAGGCGGUCAGGUGAUGGACCCGUCGGACUGGGUCUCAUAGCGGAACCUGAAACCACUACAGACAAAUCACCAGCAUCGCCAACUAGACGGAAACUACCAAAAACUCCGGAGCAAAUCGCACGCGAGAAAAUGGUCACCGGGCGAGUGCAGAUACAGGUCUGGUAUCAUGCCGAACGCCAGGAACUUGUGGUUUCACUUAUGGCUGCCGAUGACCUGGCGCUGCGAGAUGAAGCGUACGGCCACGGUAACAUGCCCGAGGCAUAUGCCAAAGUUCGGAUUCUGCCCAAGUGUGGUGAUGGGACCGUGCAACAAACCGAGGUCAGCCGACCCACACAGAAUCCUAUUUGGAAUGCCACACUAACUUUUUCGCAUGUCAAGGCCGACAGCUUGAUGGAUCGCUAUAUCGAUAUACAGCUGUGGGAUCUGGUGCCGCACACCGAAUCCAUUUUCUUGGGCGAAUGCAACAUCGAGUUGCAGCAGGCUUUUCUCGACGAUCAAGCCAUUUGGUGUCGGCUGGAGGAUCCAAAAGGCCUGCGGGGCAUCAGCAUCAGUAAAUCGCCCAGUGUGUCCCCACGUGGUUCCAUUGCAGCGGGUGCCGGGGCGCCUUGUGGGGAUGUGACUCGCUUGCUACGACGCGACUAUAAUAUGCAGCGCUCCAUCUCGGAUGAUGUUGACUCCAUUGGCGAUGGUGCCUCACUGCUGCAUCCGGAUACUGCUUGGAUAGCCGGCUCGCGGCGAGGCUCAUCACAAUCGGAGACCAUGGAGGUGGAGGUCUAUCAGCUUGGCAAGGACUUCUCGCGCUCAUUGCCGGGCUCGCGUCGUUCAAGUUUUCAGGAUGCCGAAAAGAAUCGGCUGGAGGAGGAUGCCAUAGCCACGCCGCCCACAUCGUAUCUUGUGGGCCGGCGUCGCUCGUCGGUGGCACGACGCGAUCCGGAUGAGAUCUUGAAAUCCUUGAAGGCUGUGCGCGGCGAGUUGGGACGCACCAUGAGCCUGGGCACGGAACAGCACAAGCGCAUGGGCUCGCGACGUACCAGUCGCGUCGGCCUGCCCAGUGGUCCAAACAGCCGCAAGAGCUCCAUUCUCGAUCUGUCACAGCAACAACAACAGCUUCAGCAACUACAAAUGUUGCAGCUACAGCAACAGCAGCAUCUGCCAAUGGGCGUUGGCAACACAGAGACCAGUCCGCCAUCCGAUGAUGAAGAUCGACGCUAUCGACCACGCUGGAAGGGAUCCGGCACCCAGUUGCCACCUCAAAGCGCCAAACAGGCACUGUCGCGUCUUAAGCAAGCUGCAUCCUUUUCGAACGUGGCUCAAGAAAAGCCGAGCCAGCUGCUGGGUGUCGGCAUAGGCGACAGUCCCAAGCAGACAUUGCGCAAGAGCAGCAUGUGCAACCUGAGGAGCAGCGGCCAGGAUCUUUCCGCCUCUCAGCUGCAGCAGCGCAAGAGCAGCAUGUUCCAGCUAAACACUACAACGCAAGAGGCGCAUCAGCCUUUCCAGCGCAAGGGUAGCGUCUAUCAACGGUCCAGCACCUCGGCCAACGCAGACCGAGAUAACGAGAGUCCGACCCCAACGCUGGCGCAGCGCAAGCAGAGCAUGGCCAAAGGUAUGGCUGGCAGUCUAACCGGCAGCUAUGGCAAUGUUUCGGCCCUCACCGGUAGUGAGUCGAGCUAUGGCCUAAAGCUGGGCCCCUCACAAAUACAUCCAAAGGGCUAUCGUCUGACCACAGCACGUCAUGGGGAACUGAAGAUGGGUUUCAUCAAAAUCAAGGGCAACGUGGAGGUGGAGUUGAUUUGUGCACGCAACAUUGUGGCGGCCGAAUGUGAGACGCCACCGGACACAUAUGUCAAGUGCUACAUUAAGGAUGGCGAUCGUCUGCGGCACAAGAAGAAGACACGCGUUGUGCGGCAUUCAGCCGAGCCGUUUUACAAGCAGACCAUCAAGUACCAGAGCGCUGAUGUCUUUGGGCGGAACAUCGUCAUCAUGGUGUGGCAGCGUUGCGUGGGCUUCGAGCACAACCAAGGACUGGGCGGCACCGAAAUCAAUCUGGACAAGGUGAACAUCGGGCAGCACAUCAGCGGCUGGUAUCCACUGUUUCCCAUGCACAGCUAUGGCGGCUCCGACUCCGAUAACUCUCCUUGACCGAACACGCACACUUCGGAUCGGGCGAGUGGGGCGGACGCAACACAAACACCAACACCAAUAACAAUAAACAUGAAAAGCAUAACACCAAUACUAAAACUUAUGUUAUUCAAACUAAAAGCUCAAUUUGUUAGCAUCUAAGCAUAACGAAAAAACAAAACACUGAUUGUAUUUGUUGUUAAUUAAUCAAGCUAGUCCAGACAAACUACCUAUAUAUAUAUAUACACACGUAUAUACAUACAUUCUAUAUAUACUCGUACCCACUAAUACUUGUAUAGAGAGGUAUUUAUGUUUUGUAAUCGUAAACAGAGCUUGGCAAAGGGGGCAAUGAAGCUGUUUUAAUCCAAAGACCUUGCAUAUUAUAUAGCAUAUACAUACAUAAAUAUAUACAAACAUACAUACAUACGUAUAUAAAUUUACCAAGGAAGCUACAAUAAUACCAAUUAUAUUUUUGCUUGUUGUGUUUGUGAAAGUUUAUGGCAUGUUGUUGUUUGUAUGAUAAAUGAAGGACUUGUACAAAAACCAAAAAGCGCAACAAAACAAUAAAGUGCAGAAAUUAUAGCAACGAAAUUGCAAAUCAAGGAAAAGCAGGACUUGGCAGGAAUGAAAUAGAAAAAUACUUGUAAAACGAAAUUAACCAAAAAGCCGGAGGAACCUCAACUACGAGUAGAGCAGCGACCAGGCCAACAAAGGUGUUAACUGCGACGGCAAUUGUAACGGCAACGCAAACUUUCCUCACUUCUAAAAACGAAGCUAAAUUAAUCUUCAGAUAUAUAUGUAUACUAUAUGUACUAUAAAACAAAAUAAGAAACCAAAAGCACAAAACUUUGUUGAUGUGACAAUCUUCAUGCACUAUGAAAGGCGAAAACGAUGGCGAGUUGAGCGAGUUUUUCCGUGGGUAUUACGUAUGUGUGUGUUUGUUUGGGAGUGUCAGUAUGUGCGUCUCUGAAGCGUGAUUAAGACGAAUUUACUAUAUUCCUGUACUACAUUUAAGCGAGGCAUAGCGUAUUAGUUUGUCUGUCUUAGCAGGCUCGCACAUCUGGUAUUGAAUGCACCCCACAUAUCAGCAACAGGGCACUUUUUUUUUUAAAUAGAUAUUAAUUUUAUUUUUUUGAAUCACAACAACAUCUGCUGCCAGAGCAUGAAGAGAGAUUACAUUUGCGGCUAUAACAUCCUCUGGAAUUGUUCUAUUUAGCUAAAUAGGCUCUACAACAAUUCGAUUUCAAAAUUUCCAAAAUUGCAGAAUGAUGAAAUUGUAAAUUGAAAAAUUUACAAAAUUUAAUUUGUGUUAAACUCAAUUGAUUAUUGAACUUAGUUGGGGGAUCACUUGUUUUAAAGUCAGGCGCAUACGCCCCUAGCUUUCAACUCGUUUUUACGUUCAACUUAUUAUUUAAAUUUUAAUUUUUUCAAAAACCGCCAUAUCAAUAAAAAGGAAACUAUGUUUUUCAAACUGUCCACAAAACAGUGACAUAGUAUUUAUAUAAAAAAACGAGUUAUUAUUAAAAUAAAAAUAAUUUCCAUUGCACUAU